AUGUUUAAGUGUUCCUCAAUUAAACAUUCACUACAGCGGACCUUUUCAUCUAUGAAUGUGACACUGAAGUCAAUUUCUUUUUCACUGUAUUUUUCUUUCAUUCACCCUCUUUCUUUCUUUACUUCUUUCUUUCUUUUUCUUCUAUGUCCCAACUUAUAUCUCUCACCUUCUUUCUUUCUUUCUUUCUUUUUUUCUUUCUUUCACGCCCCGCCUUAUCUCUCUCACCUUCUUUCUUUCUUUCUUUCUUUCUUUCUUUCUUUCACGCCCCACCUUAUCUCUCUCACCUUCUUUCUUUCUUUCUUUCUUUCUUUCUUUAUUUCUUUCUUUCUUUCUUUCUUUCUUUCUUUCUUUAAUGACUCACUUUAUUUCUCUCGCCUUCUUUCGUUCUUUCUUUCUUUUUUCUUUCUUUCACGCCCCACCUUAUCUCUCUCAUCUUCUUUUUUUCUUUCUUUUCUUUUUUUUUUCUUUCUUUCUUUCUUUCUUUCUUUCUUUCACGCCCCGCCUUAUCUCUCUCACCUUCUUUCUUUCUUUCUUUUUUUUUUUUUCUUUCUUUCUUUCUUUUCUUUUCUUUCUUUCUUUCUUUCUUUCACGCCCCACCUUAUCUCUCUCACCUCUUUUCUUUCUUUCUUUCUUUCUUUUCUUUCUUUUCUUUCUUUUUCUUUCUUUAAUGACUCACUUUAUUUCUCUCGCCUUCUUUCGUUCUUUUUUCUUUUUUUUUUCUUUCUUUCACGCCCACCUUAUCUCUCUCAUCUUCUUUUCUUUCUUUCUUUCUUUCUUUCUUUCUUUCUUUCUUUAAUGACUCACUUUAUUUCUCUCGCCUUCUUUCGUUCUUUCUUUCUUUUUUCUUUCUUUUACGCCCCACCUUAUCUCUCUCAUCUUCUUUCUUUCUUUCUUUCUUUCUUUCUUUCUUUAGUAUCUAACCUUCUUUCGUUCUUUCUUUCUUUCUAA